GGGGGAGAAGGAACUCGUCUCUGGGGAGGGGCAGGGAACUGGGUGCAGGCUUGGUAACGCCAAAGUGCUCUCUCCGCAUGGUGGCAACGAUUACUACAAAAACGAGGAACCCUCGUGUGGAAUCUGCGCCCGCGGAUCUCAAACUGGGCGGGGAAAGGAGAGCAACGGGAGGAGCGGUUUGGGGCGCGGCAGAUUCGCGCCGGCCGUUUCCGGGGCAACGCGGCCUGCUUCAAGUUGAAGCGCCUGCCUGGGGAGUGUCUUGUCUGUGGGUGGGCUUGUUAUUAUUAUUUAUUAAAUUUGUAUGCCGCCCACCAACCAUAUAUUUCAGGGCGGUUCACAGCAUAAAAAAAUACAAGAUAAUAACACAUUGAACGAAUUAAUUUAUUAUUUCGGUCACAGACCAGUUCCAGCCCUCAUACAAAAUCAUGGAAUUCAUAAAACACGAUAGGGAUACCUUUGAAUUUGCAAUUAGGUAUAACAGGGACAAUACAGAUAUAGCAACAGUUUAAAAAUAUAUAAAUUAAAACUUAGUCAUUAACAUAACCUAAAAUUAUCAUUUAAAACCUUAACCAUUAUGAGAGCACAGCUUGUUCCCUAAGUUUUAUGGCAGUUGCACAGAAUUUGGCUACCCUUAACGUGAUCUCAGGAUCCUUGUCGUCUACCAGGGAUUAUAGGCAUUGAAGUUCAGAUUCAUUUGGAGAUUUUUGCAUCGAUAAUAACACAAAAUGCAUGAUUAAAACAAGAAAAGCAAAAAAAAUAACUGCCCCCCCCCCGCCAAAGUUGGUGGUGGAUUCUGGCUCCUCACAGACCUGUGAUUGCUCGCACUUUUUAACAAACCAAAGUUCCCAGGAUUCUUUGGGGUGUGUGCUUUCAUUUUAUGGUUUGUACGCACAUACCUCUCAAGGUUUUCCCCUCCCUGCAUCUCUAACUGCAAGGAGCCACUUAAAAGCCCCCAAAGGAGUGAGCAAACAUGCAAAUCCAUCAGUUUUGAACCAUGUACCUUUUAUCACUUUAUCUCUCCAAGUCUCCCAAACAACUAUGUCAUUGGGCAGCCAGGAUAAAUACUGAGAGUAAAUAAGCAAAGAAGCAAAUAAGAUGUCUGCAAACAUGACGUGGAGGCAGGCAACAUCAACCCCACCAGGAGACAGACAGGCUGUGCAUAGCAUUCACCAGGCAAGGAAUGGCUGCUGGGAGGAGCGCGGAGAGAAGAAAUGGUGCAUCUGUAACAGUGAAACUUGCCGCCUUCAUCUUCCCCAGCUUCAUCUUCCCCUCAGCAGCGCUUGUAACUUUCCAGCAGUUUGACUUCACUCCCAAAGGCGCACUUCCUCCAUUAUCUCAAAAGGCAGACAGAUGCCAGCAACAACAAAGCACAAAGCUCAAAAGCUUUGUCAUCUUUGUGAUCGUUGGUAGGUCCUAAUAAUGUUAUUACCUUACUAGGUAAUAACCCCCUUGCACAUCAUCCUGCAAUUUUUGCUUGAAUAUUCUCCUUUAGCUAAUUUUUGUUGCUUCUUAAAUGUUUAUAGACGGUUUUUGGAAAAUUCAUAGUGAGCCUCCCAAACAGAGGUUGUUCGGUCUUGCAAAGCCACUCAGUGGAGAAAAAAAGAGAGGGCUGUUACUACAUCCCUUGCUAGUAGACUCCUGGCAUAUCUGAUAGGCCAGUGUGGGAAGUGGAAUAGAUGGAUCUUGGAUAUGAUGCGUCAGAGAUCUCAUUGAAUCCAUUUGGCCUUUCCCGACUGGGUGGCAUUCAGUCACAUACCAGCAAAUUUGUGUUGUGCAAUUAUAGCUUAUUGGGAGGGUCUUGCUCAACAAGCACUCUUUCCUCAAAAGAUAGUAAACUUUUUGCUUUAUCUGCCAAAGGUCUCAAGGUCCAGUCUCUGCAUAUCCAGUUGAAAAGGGUCAGGUAGAAAGAAGGUGAUGAGAAAGACCCUUGUGAGGGACUCUGAAUCAGAGGAGACAAUCCUAGGCUACAUACAAACACCUGGUAUAAGACAUAUUCCUACGUUCCUAGGGAUAGAUUGCUAAAUUAAGUUUUUUUAAAUGCAAAGGGGCAAAAAAAGCCAACAACUGCAAUCAAUAGAGGCCCAAAUGCUGUUUCAGAUCUCAUGGGUUGAACCUAAUUGUGAAGUUUUGUAGCGCUGGUUUCUUUUAACAGCCAGCCUCCUGUUUUGAAGGGGAGGCAGCAGUAUGGAUGGCUGUUUACAGAAUCAAGUGUCUCCACUGCAUUAUGAGGCAUUUAUAUUUUGUCAAAAUAAAUAUGAACUGAAACAAGAUAAUAUAUAUGACAAGCCGAAGCUGGGAGCUUUAGUGGAGGGUGAAAAGGCAUACUAGACCAUGUUUUUGCUAUCAUUUAUUAUGAAAUCACUUUAAGAUGCUUCAUAGGAAGUGAUUCACGAAUGAAAUAGAUACAAGGCUGUCAGUUUCAUGCCUUUUCUGUCAUGAAGAACCUCGAGCAUCUCAGAUUGUUCUUGGGUUAUUAUGCAUAUCAGAAAUAGAUGUAUGCAACCUUCCCAAAGCAGUAGCAUAUUAUGUAAAAUACUGAAAAAACAUUAUCGGCCUUCUGUUAUAGUUCUUGGGAAUCGUAGAUUCAGUGAUCCUGUUUGCAAGCCCUCUCCUUUGCCCUGCUUCAAUGGGUUUUCAGGCUCUCUUUCCCCCUCUGCUUCUGCAGUCCUUAACUUAUGCGUCAACUAUCCCAGGUUUUUCUCUGCUCACUGUCUUAUCAUUUUGUUUUAAUUUGCUAUUGCUGUUACUUCCUUUUCUCCUCUCUGUUUCAGUGUAGGGAGAAGAUGCAUACAUAAAUCCAUACAUCCAUAAUUUUUUUUAAAAAAAUAUGAUUCUGCACUGGGAGUGGGGACUCAGGAAGGUGGAAAAAGGGGCUAGAUCAGGAGUGAGAAUAAUUUUUCUAAUCUGUCUUGUUCAUAAGCUCUUGAAAAACUCUCACCAUUGCAGUUCCUGGUCUGUGAUGAAUAGCCCACUGCGCAAUCUGAGUUCUGUGGAACUGAAUGAUGGAAUUUGUGCUAACAAAGGCAUCUGAGACCAAGAAAUAACUGAUAUGUCCCUAGUGCUGCAGUUGGAUGCUGAUGUACAAAAAGAAACUUAAGGAACAACAAAAGGUGUUCCUUAAGUGUUGCUAAGUAGAUUUAAACACAGCCUGUCUAUAUUAUGGAUAUGUCGUAGUUAAGUGUGUUGAACCUGGGGAGAUCUGAUUGGUGAGAUCUGAGUUCAGAUUUUUACCCAGCCAUGAAACCUCCUGGCUGACUUUGAACCAGUCGUGCGCUGUCAGCCUAAACUACCUACCUGAGUAAGAGUUGCUUCUGAAUGCCAGGAAACUGCAGGAGAGGAGAGGACUUGCUUGUGGGUUUCCCCAUGGCAUCUGUUUGGCCACUCUGAGAGCAGGGUGCUGGACUAGAUGGGCCAUUGGCCCGCUGCAACAGGCUCUUCUUAGGUCCCUCAUAGGACUGUUCGGAGGAGAACCAUAUACAGUGGUACCUCGGAUUACAUAUGCUUCAGGUUACAGACUCCGCUAACCCAGAAAUAGUACCUUGGGUUAAGAACUUUGCUUCAGGAUGAGAACAGAAAUCGUGCUCCGGCAGCACGGCGGCAGCGGGAGGCCCCAUUAGCUAAAGUGGUGCUUCAGGUUAAGAACAGUUUCAGGUUAAGAACGGACCUCCGGAACGAAUUAAGUACUUAACCUGAGGUACCACUGUACCUGAUUCAUUGCAGGAGUGGCUAGAUUUAUCACAUUCAUAUCUCAGUCAAUAGAGCGUAAGACUCAAUCAUGGGUUGGAGCCCCACUUUGUGCAAAAGAUUCCCGCAUUGCAGGGGGUUGGAUUAGAUGAUCCUCAUAGUCCCGUGCAAUGCUACAAUUCUGUGAAACUCACUCUUUCCCCAUUCCAAAACUUUUAACCUUUUAAAUCCCACUGUGUAAGAAUUGGUACCUUCCUGACUUUCAAAUGCUAAGAUCUUUAUUGACAUAUGUUAAUAUCCCAAACGUUGAAUUCUUUUACCUCCAUGCCUCAUGAAUGUAUUCAGUGGGGCAGCUAAAAUUGUGCCCGUGCCUAUUUUGGAAUAGGACUAGCAUUGUAGCAAGGAACACCCCAUUUGCGCUGAACUGUUCCAGAAAUUAAGCACACUCACUUAUAUAUCAGUUACCUCUGAAUACUUUUCAUGGAAUACAGGUUUUUCUCCAAAAGCUUCUGGAGGGGCUGCCACAUUGUAACCCUACCCUUCUAACGGCUCAUAGCAAAUAUAUUUGUUCUCCAUUGCAGAUUUCUUCAUGUGGCCCUUGGAUCCUGCAGCACAAGCUGCCACGCAGAGAAUGAAACAAAUGCAAGUAAUCCACAGUGUUUAAUGGCAGGCUGGUUUUUUAAAUAAAUGUAAUGAAAGGAUACCCAAUAGUAUAGUGUGCUAUUGGUUUGGUUUUGCCUUGUCUUGGCUGUAGGUUGUUAGUGAGUUCCUCCCAUUAUGGCAAUGGUCCAGAGUUUUUCAAACCACCUUAGCUUUUCUCCUGCUUUCCUAUGAUGCACUACAGGGAGUCUGUAUAGGGAGUCCCUAUAAGCAAUAGGGAAAACAGACCUUUUGUUGCAUUUUCCUUAACUGUAGUUGAAACAGCAUUAAAGGCUGAAAUCCAUAAAGCUUCUACCACUGAGGAGGCCCAUCACAUAUGCCAUAAAGUGUCAUGGACUUCACACCUCGUCUAGCAUAGUGGAGAGCUUUUUACCUGCAACUCUAUACAGCUUCAACAGGGUACAGGUUGCUAUCUUGUACCCCUGCAGAGAUGGAAUAGAAGUAUUCAUCCUGUCACCCCUUAUUCCAUUAAACUUUACUUUUUUAUAAGCUUGACUUUAUUGCUCUUGGUAUGUCAGAAGCAACCAUGAACCAAAUAGGAAUGUGAAUUGUUUUAUUGGCACUUCUUUGCUAUAAUAAUGUUUGCUCUUCAGAAGUGUUAAUUCAGGAACCCCUAGAAGCCAUAAUUAUUUAAAAAACCACAAGCCCUAUAAUCAGAGGUCUACCUUUUAAGCCUCCUGUUCACUUAGGUACAAGCCCCAUCAUGUUCAGUGGGGCCUCCUCCCAAGUAAGGAUUCCUUACUUAUUAUUCCUGCCCUAGUCUUCACAUUUCAAAUUGGAUUGUUUCUCAAAAGGCCAGAGUACGUUUUCUUUUCCUAGGAUAGAAUUGUUCAAGAAAAUCAGCAUGCAAAUACAUUGUGGGACCUCAUAGGUUUAACACUGAAAUAUAUUUCCCUAUCAGCUUGUACUUCUCUAUUCUUUCAAAUGAAACCAGGGAUGUAUAUCUGUGCAUGCAAGAUGCAAAUUUCUUGCAUACAGCAGUGCAGAGAUGAGAACCUUUUGUAAAAUGCUUUUGGGGAAGAACUGACAUGGAUAAAAGGAGGUAUUGUAGUACCUUUUCCCAUCCUCUCACCAUCCUUACAAAUUGGGGCCAUCAGGAUCUGGCUGGCUCUGGGCUCAAACUCACCCUUCAACUGAUAUAUAUUUGUUUACACACUCUCUCUCUCUCUCUAUAUAUAUAUGAAUAUUUUUUUAAAAAAUGGUAUACUGAUACUUUACCAGACGUGCAACCCACUGGCAAAAACACAGGUGGAUGUGUUUAGGGUCAGAGAGCCAGCCAGGUACGUUCUGAAAAUGUCAACUCAUCCUCAAUUCUGCCCAUGAGAAGGAUUACGCCUUUGAAAUGGGAAUUGUCAAUCUCAUGCAAAUACGACGUUUUCAAUGCAGUGCACUAGAAAAUAAGUCCCAACAGCCUCCCACAUAUUCCAAAGUAUUUAUUUCACAAUAUUUUAUGCACAGCUGAAGGACAGGACUAUUUGUCGUUUUCCUACAAACAGAAAGUGUAGUUUACAGAUCUGUUCAAAAUGGAAAAAUAUUUCUUUUACCAGCAGUAUCAUUUCAUCUACAUUUUUGGGACUUGCCUUCAAAAGUCAUUCAAGUACCUUCAGAGCAGCCGACCUAUCAACCAGUGGUGACUUAAGACUUGGCAUGCACACAGCAAACCCUGGAUUGGGUACUGCUAGGCAAAUCCUUAUUUCCCUUUUGCACAUCCAUUUUUACUGUCAGGCCUUUGUGUUCUUUGAACAAUUCUAGUAUUUAAGGGGAAUGUUAUUGGCUGCUUGUAUUUAAAAUAUUCAGCCUUAAUUCAGAAAGCAAACUGUUCUGUUACACCUUCAAAUACAUAAAAAUCCAAUGGGUUGAGGAGACAGGCGUAAACAGGCUUGUACAAUAUAUUUUGAUUGGCACAGUUAUAGGAUUAUUGUAGCUGGCUAUCCAUAAUCCUAAGUCAUUCUGACCACUAAAAUUACAGUCCUAUUACAGUUUCUGACAAUAAGAAACAAGUUCAUGUUGUUAAUGUAGUGCUGGCAUGAGGAGGAAAUAUGGCUUAGUGUUAAUACACCUUUACAAACGCUUGCAGCAGCCUGGUCAGCCACUGCAAAUUCUUGCAUACUUUAUUUCUAUAACAUCUUAAAAGGGACAAUAGGAACGUAAUGCUUCUGUUGUCUUAAUCCUGUUUCAGGAGUUCAGGAGCAGGCUGUGUGCCUGUGUGCUCCUCUCCUCAUGGUGAAUUUCCACUGCCCUUAACUUUUAUUUCAGUGUCACCACUGGUGUCAGUCAAGGUUCCUACUUAAGCAUUAGCUGCAACUAGCAGUGGUACUGAUGUAAUAGAAAAAUGUGAUUAACAGGUGGUGGGGAAGAGGGAACACAUAGACCCAUGGCCUGCUACCAGUGUCUUAAUCCUGGUACACAUAUAAUAUUGCAGCAUGAUUUUAAAUAAGCAUGAUCGUGUAGUCAAAUAGCUGAUUUCACUGGCAGUUGUUGAUUUUCAUAGGGUAUAGGUCUGACCAGUCUCCCUUCAAUAAAUAAAGUUAUGGUGCUGGGGUAGCCUAAUGCCCAACUCUGACAAUUAGUUUCAAGGGCACAGCCAGUACUAUAGGGCAGUCAAUUCGCUUUGGGGGUUUAGAUUCAAUGCAAACUGUCCAUGUUCAUUGAACAUAUAUAUGAUGAAGUUGUGCAGACACCCUGUUGUGAACCCCUGUUUAUUGCAUUAUAGUACAGUAAUUUGAAGCCUUGAGCAGAGGAGGCAAACCUGUAGCUCUCCAGCUAUUUUUGGACUACCACUCCCAGCGUCACUGACCAUUUGGCAUGCUGGUUGGGGCUGACGGGAAUUGGAGUGCCUCAGGUUAGUCACCCUUGUCCUAAAGAAGUGACAAAAUAAAGCCAGCACAGAUCAAAACCAAGUCCGCACCCACCCAAACAGUGUGGGAAUCAGCCCCAAGAAGUUCAGUGACUUUAUAGGAUUUCUGCCAAGUCUAGGAAAUUGAAAUGCUCCCUUCUCUCUUUGGAAGUCUGCUGCUGAUGGAAGAGGAUAGACAAAGAGAGAUGUUUGGUAGUGGCUGCAGAUUUCUUCCAGCCUCACUUGAUAUGUUCCUGCUGCUGCAUAGAAAAUCUUUGUAACACCCUUUCUCAACCCGCGAUCUCAUUGCUGGAAGGAAGGGAGUAACAAAAGCGGGUUGGGUUGUUGUUUUUUGCUAGCUAUGGCACCAUUCAUGGAAUAGCGAUCAAUGACUGCUUCACCAGCACAUGAUCUUCAGCUAAUUGCUACAGUAAGAAUUUCACACAUGAAUUCGUCUCUGGGAGCAGUUCCAAUAGUUAUAAAAAGAUCCAUUGCCCAAAUUUAACUGACACAUAAUUAUGAAUUACUGACUCAGGAAGAAAUUCCUUAAGUUGCUCACUGGUGACGUGUUCUUUCCAUACUAGCUGGACUAAGUAUAGAGAAGUUACAUGCUGGGCUAUUCGUUGCUAGAGGAUCUUCAACAUUGCUAAUUUGACUGCUAUCCCCACUCAAUUGCCCUUUAUUAUGAGGAAUGUAAUAUAUGCUGCUUUCUCUCCUCCCCCUUCUCAAUUUGUGGGUCUGAAUGCAUUUUUUAUUUUUUUGCUGUUAAUAUGUGUGCUGAUUAAUUAUGAAUGUGUGUUCCUACAAAGCAGGGUUUUCCAUGUUAGCAAAAGGGGGUGCGUGCGAGCAAGCAAGCAUCAAUGUCUGCACAUCCACACUUUUGGACAGAUUUCCCUUUAAAAAGCCGUGUAUGGGGUAAAGGCUUAGAAACUGCUUGGGGAAAGGCCAUUAAACCCCGCUGUAUAUGCAGCUUGGAUUCUGCGCAAUUGCUAGACUGCAUCUAUUGUUUACAGUGAAUACUGAACUUGCUUCAUGGACUUUUGAACAUGUCUGCUUCAAAAUUUCCAGCGUCAACUGUCUACUUACAACUCCAAAGGCAAUUUUUGGUGACAUUUAAAGGUUUCCCCAGAAUUAUUAACACUCAGUCUUGAAAAAAUAGUGAUUGAGAAUAAUGGUGAAAAGGCACACAGUGGGAAAGUACUCUAUCAGAAAUAUUUUAAAAUGAUGAAAUAAAUGACACCAACCACCUUUUUGAACUGUGCUAAAGAGUUUUAAAUGACAUUUAAAUGGCUGAUGAGGAAGAGAGAGAAGGCAUGUUUGUGCAGGGCAAUACCAGUGAAUUGGCUUUUUAAAAAGUAAGUCCCAAGAUAUCUUAAAAACAGAUAACAUAAAAAUUACAUACAUCAAAUAUAUUUAACAUGAGAUCCUUCUGAAAAUCUUUUGCAGUUAAAUAUUACAGUUAUUUACUUAGUUCAUAUCUCUUUCUAUACUAACAGUUAGAUUUUUAAAAUAUACACAGAUAUAAUACAUAAUAUAAAUAAAUUCUCCUUGCAGUGCUGUAGUGAAAUACCAUUAUCCUCAGGAAGAACAUUAGCCACAUUUUAUAAAUACGUUUUCUAGGAUCACUGUGAAAGUGGGUUCUGCAGCUCCCUUUCAGUUAGCCUACCUGGUUAGAAUUAUGGUUAGCAAUGCAUGGUGAUUCAGUUGCAGCUGGAACACUUUAAAAAAUUGCACAGCUGGAUACACAGAAACAGGUGCAACAAGAGAAACUGUGAACACAUACUUUCUGCUUAGUCUAGAGUGCAGGACAACACUAAAUUCUGCAUUGCACUGGAGAAAUCAGGAGCAGUCACCCAGUUCACCUCCCCCCGACAUUUAAGGGGGCAAAUGCUCUAGUUCAUCACAACUGGCAGAGUGCCCCAACCUCAGGCUGAUUGUUUGGGAGAUGGAAGAUUUGAUCCUGGGAAGAGAACAUAAUGCAGAAAGAAAAUUACCUGGCUGCUGCAGUACUGACUGAGGCUUGGAUGCUGCUAUUCUUGCUUUUAUGUCAUUUAAUUGACCAUUACUGUGCAUUGGCUAAAGAAAAAAAGAAGUGCCUGGAAUUUAUUAUUUUAAAAAGAAGCUUCAAAGGAAAUCUCUUCAAUCAUGCUGGAAAGAGACAGUUGUGGUAUAAAGAAAGUUGUUUGCCAAGGUCAAGGAGAAGAAUGGCUUUGUUCAGUGAAGGCAACAUACUUACUGUGCUUCCUUAUUCUAUCAAGCUUCAAACCCACAAAGCUGGCAUGCCUAAGCACACGGGGUCAGUCAUGGCAACUGCUGGGGAAAGGCUCUGUCCAACAUUGGUUUGCUGCAUGCAGGAAGUCACAAGAGAAAGAGGCAAAGUUUGCCAUGAAAACUGGCACUUUCUAUGCCCAAGUAGGGUGUGAAUGAGGAACAAUGCGGGGUGUGUGUGUGUCAGGGGAGGAUUCCCUUGACUGGAGCAUUAUUGGGUAAUUUCACCACCAUGAGACUGGCUGAAACCUAACUGGGCACCUUUGGCAGGGGCAAAAAACUACCAAACAAGCUCAAGGCACUGUAGAACUGAAGCAAAUUCAGCUGAAGAAGUAAAUGUCUCAAAUGCAUGCUGAAGCAAACGUUACUUGCUAUAGUUACUGGUUUAUGAAUUAGGAAUAUGAAAAGCUAUAUUAAACCAUGGUCCCCAGAAUAGUUCCAUUUUGUAUUAUAACCUCUGUUCAACUGCGAUGUUAAUACACUGGAGUGUUGCAGCAGCGGAUUUGUAAGUGCACAUUAGAAAUGCUGAGUGAGAGAGGUGAUUUUUGUGUAUAAGUUGACUGCAGGACUUUACUUGUUUCUCCCUCUCUCUGCAUAUUGUUCUUCCAAGGACUCGAUACUGUAAGGUGUUGAGCAACGUAGCCUGAAUCAGCAGGACCUCAAUAUGCAGACUGCUGAACUUUUAAAAAAAGAGAGCAGUGACCCUUGGGACUCAUCACCUGCUAGAAAUGGGCAAGUACUCCAGUUCUUUUCUGAAUCAGAUCAGAAUGCUUAGGACCAGUCCGUUGGUAAAAACUGUAUUCUAUUAUAAGGGAGAUACUUUGCAAGCUGGGCAUUCGAUUUGCAGCAGUUAAAAUCUCCCUCUUAGAAUUGGCUAGCUGCCUAAGUUCAAGUUGCAGGAAGUUGCUCUGCAUUUCUGAUGCUAUCUGAUAGUAGGUUGAGUGUUGCCUUUGCAAAGCUUAAUAGUUUUGAAAGCAACUGAAUAGGUAGGAAUUGCAUGUGUACUUUAAUGUCAAAACAAUAGAGAGUUGAGAAAGCUAUUUACUUUAAACAUUCUGUAACCCAAAGAUUAAAAAACCAUAUUGGUGAAACAGUUUCUAUUUGUUACACUGGUCACGUUCACUUCCUGGCUUGGUAAGUGAGGAUACACAUGCAGCCACUUCCCUCUUCCCUUUGCACAGGCAGGGAAUUACGUCAGGAGGCUGCAGUUAACCAUGGCUUCCUAUCAUGUGCAAACCUUGAAAGUAUGGUGAAUGUCUUUCAAACAAACCAGGAUACGAAGUCAUGGUUUAACAUUGAUUUCCAGAUCCUGGGUUGUUUGGAAACCAUUAACCAUAGUUUCCUGGUUUGCGUGUAAUGGCAAGUCAUGGUUAACAGCGGAUUCCUGCUUCAUUGCCCGCUUACUUAAAAGCACUGUGUGUCAGUGCACUAAGCUUGGGCAGAUCCAGUUUCUUAAGCCAUGUUUCAUUAGGCAAUUGAGUCUCUGAUGGGGAAGUGGUGCUGUUAAUGCUAUUGCAUAUUAGUGCCAUGUUAGGAAGGUAAAAUAAUUUCCCUACCCAUUCUGGUUUGCUUCAAAUUGCUGGUAAUGAUGCAAUGUCAUCAGUGCUAAUAUCUCAUUCUAUUUCUCCCAAAAGGCCUCCUUGCCAACCAGCACUUUGCUACCCAAUCAGAUAUGGUAUCACACAACUUUUUCCACGGUAUGAAGCAACUGCCCUCCAUAACUGACUUGAAACAAGUCACAAAGUUGGUUGAAGGCAAACCUUCCAUUCAGGUUGCCCAGCCAGUCCUAUGGAAGCUCUGCCAGACUGUAUCUUGACUUCACAAUGGUUCCUAACAUGGCCAAGGAAUCUGUCCUGCAGAUUAGCACUGCCACUAGUAACUGUAAGGACUACUCAGCUAUGAUAACAAGGAACUGACCUUUUUGUGAAGUAUUUUGGACCUUGUACCCCUAUCUAUCUUUCCUCACAAUCACAGUAAAAGCAAUGUGUUCUCAUACAUAUUCACAGGAUAAAAGAGGCAUAAAGACUUUGGAUUGGUCCGAGUAACCUGCAGCAGUCUGCAGUGGAGCUGUAAUUAUAGGGCCGAACUCCUGCAGAGGUUUCUGGGUCCAUGAUUUUCCUCUUUCUCAGUGUGGCACAUGGACAAAAUAUUUAUGGCCACUUAAUAUACUGAAGGCAGGCUGGAACUGCCCCACUGACCGCUUCUAGGUUAUGCUCCAUACAAAGUUGCCUUUGAUGGAGCUGGGACAACAACUGUAACCAUUUUCUUGUGCCCCAGAUGCAAGGAAAAAGCAUUGUUCCCUCCACCAGUUAAAUUUCCUUUCGGACUACAUAAUUAAUUCUUGGUCUGGCCUCCUGCAACUUUAUUUCCCAAAACAAUCAUUUAAAAAAUGAAGGGCAGCAGCAGAAAUUCAGAAAUUGAAGUUCAGUAUGUGCAAGCGAGCCCCGUAACCAUGGACGACGUUACGAUGCACGGUCACGAAGGCUUCUUUCUAUUAUUUCAAGAUAGAAUUUCUCAAACCACAACCUAAGAAAAUGAAAAUAGUUAUUCCAUUUACCAAUGCUGGUGCCUUAAUGGCAGCAGGGAAAGAAUAUUUUUAGCAUGGUAUCAAGUGGUACAACCCCCCACUUGUUUCAAGUAUUCUUAGCAGCAAAAUCUGCCUCCCCCCCCCAAAAAAAUCCCCCCCCAUACAAACCAAAACGCAUCCAACCAAAAAUACAAGAUUAGUUUCUUAUGCUAUACAAUUCAGCACUGAUUCACUAAAGUGUAUUGGUUCAUCAACCAUCAUUUGGUCCACAUUUGAAGAGAUCCUUAAAUUCCACUUUUUGCUUUUUUGCUUAGGAAAUUUGGCUGGGAGUCAAUAUAGUAUCUUCAAACUCUGUUGAGGAAUUCCAGGCCGAGAGAAGCGGGGAUGUGGAUAGAGUCCAUGGUUAGAGAAGAAGGGUUGAAUGGAAACAGUACAGGGAACAUGAACUUGAAGUCUAACAGUAGCUGUGGAGGUUCAUUCCGCUCUUGCAAAUUUGCCUACAAGAAAUU